AUGGUCCGAGGAAUCUGGAAAGUUGGGUCUGCAGGCCUGCUGGCUGGUCGGUCCCACAGUCCCCAGCAGCUCCCUGGGGCCACAGGGCACCUGAGCAGGAGGCCAGCCCCAGGGCCACUCCCCCAGUCCUGUCCCACCAUGGACUCUGCGUACGAGACGAGCCACAUUCGCAAGCUGCAGGCACAGCACAAGCGGAUGCAGGAGAAGACUUUCACUAACUGGAUCAACAACAUCUUCCAGCACAGCCGGGUGGGUGUCAAGAUCCAGAACCUGUACACCGAGCUGGCUGAUGGCACCCACCUACUUCGGCUGCUGGAGCUCAUCUCGGGAGAGGCCCUGCCACCCCCCAGCCGGGGCCGCAUGCGGGUGCACUUCCUGGAGAACAGCAGCCGCGCGCUGGCUUUCCUCCGGGCCAAGGUGCCAAUACCCCUCAUUGGACCAGAGAACAUCGUGGACGGAGACCAGACACUCAUCCUGGGACUCAUCUGGGUCAUCAUUCUGCGUUUCCAGAUUUCCCACAUCUCCCUGGAUGGGGAGGAGUUUGGGGCCAGCGCAGCCCUGCUAUCUGCCAAGGAAGCGCUACUGGUCUGGUGCCAGCGGAAGACGGCCUGCUAUGCCAAUGUCAACAUCACCGACUUCUCGCGCAGCUGGAGUGACGGGCUGGGCUUCAGUGCCCUCAUCCACGCACACAGGCCAGACCUGCUUGACUACUGCUCCCUGCGCCCCGAGCGCCCACUGCACAACCUUGACCUGGCUUUCUGCGUGGCUGAGCAGGAGCUGGGCAUUGCUUCGCUGCUGGACCCCGAGGACGUGGCGGCCCUCCAGCCUGAUGAGCGCUCCAUCAUGACCUACGUGUCACUCUACUACCAUCACUUCUCCCGCCUGCACCAGGAGCAGACGGUCCAGAGGAGACUUGCUAAGAUCCUGCUUCAGCUCCAGGAGACCGAGGAGCUGCGGACGCAGUACCAGCAGCUGGUGGCCGACCUGCGGUGCUGGAUUGCAGAGAAGCAGGCACAGCUGGAGGCGCGGGAUUUCCCAGACUCCCUGCCCGCCACGCGCCAGCUCCUGGUGGCCUUUGCCUUCUUCCGCACCCAGGAGAAGCCGCCGCGCCUGCAGCAGCGAGGGGCCACAGAGGCCCUGCUCUUCCGGCUGCAGACCGCGCUUCGGGCCCAGGACCGCAAGCCCUUCCUGCCUCACGAGGGCCUGGGCCCUGCAGAGCUGUCGCAGCGCUGGGCAGGCCUGGAGCGGGCCGAGGCCUCCCGGGGCCAGGCCCUGCUGCGGAGGAUCCUACAGCUGGAGCGGUUGGAAACCCUGGUCCGGCGCUUCCAGCACAAAGCAGCCCUCAGGGAGAGCUUUCUGACGGAUGCAGAGCACAUGCUGGACCAGGCCGCCGCCGCAGCCCCACCAGCCGGCCUCGCCGCAGUGGAGGCAGCUGCCCAGAGGCUGGGCAUGCUGGAGGCCGGCAUCCUGCCCCAAGGGGGGCGCUUCCAGGCCCUGGCCGAGAUCGCGGACGUCCUCCAGCAAGGGCAGUACACUGGCUGGGCAGAUGUGGCCUGCAGGCAACGGGAGAUUACUGGGCGCUGGGAGCGACUCCUCGAGCGUCUCCAAGGGCAAAAGCAGCAGACAGCACAUGUGCGAGCGGUGCUGAGCUUGCUGCAGGAGGUGGAGAGUGCCUCCAGCCAGCUCAAGGAGCUCCAGGUGCUGGCCGGCUCCACAGCCUGUGGGCAGCAGCUGGUAGAGACCAUGGAGCUGCUGCAGAAGCACGACCUGCUGGAGGCCCAGGUCUCAGCCCACGGAGCCCAUGUGCACCAUCUUGCCCUCCAGUCUGAGGAGCUGGACUCCUCCCUUGGCGCUAACGUGGAGGUGCUGCAGGCCAAGGCCCAGGCCCUGGCCCAGCUCCACCGGAGCCUGGUGUCUCUUGUCAGGGCCCGGCGGGUCUCACUGGAGCAGAGCCUGCAGCAGGCAGAGUUCCUGAACAACUGUGAGGAGGAGGAAGCCUGGUUGAGGGAGCACAGGCAGCUGGUGGAGGAUGAGGCUCUGGGCCGGGACCUCAGCCAGAUCAGAGUGGCCCUGCGGAAACACAAGGCCCUGGAAAGCGAGCUGCGCCACCACCAGGCCGUGUGUGCUGAUCUCGUGCGCAGGGGAUGUGACCUGGGUGCCCCCGGGCACCCCACGCGGCCUGAUCCACGCGAGAGAGCCGAGGCGCUGCAGGGCGCGUGGCAGCGGCUCCGCGCCCAGGUGGCCAGGCGAGGGGCGCGGCUGCAGGCGGCUCUGCUCCUGCAGCAGGGACAACCGCUGGCCCCACCCAGCCAAGCCUCUGUGCUUAGGGGAGCCCCAGUGGACAUGCUGCCCUCUGUCCUGUCAGCACAGGUGGUGUCUGCCCUGAGCUCUCCGAAGAAAGGCCUGAGGAACCUGGGGACCUGGAGUGAGGUCUCGGGCCACUCUGCCCCCCCGGGCACCCAGAAGAUGGCCCUCUUGGCUGAGCCUGACCCUAACUUUGACCCUAACACCAUACUCCAGACACAGGACUGCCUGAGCCAGGACUAUGAGGGCCUGCAGGCCCUGGUAAAGCACCGCAGGGCGCGGCUGGAGGAGGCAGUAGCCCUGUUUGGCUUCCGUGGUCUCUGUGGGGAGCUGCGGUCCUGGCUGGAGAACCAGACAGCACUGCUCCGAACACUGCAGCCCCAGGCCCACAACUUGGAGGUCGCACAGCUCACGUAUGAGAACUUCCUCACUGCCCUGGCUGUGGGAAGGGGCCUCUGGGCUGAGGUCAGCAGCAAUGCAGAGCAGCUGAAGCAGAGAUAUCCUGAAAAUACCCCCAAAAUCCAGCAACAGCAGGAGGAACUGAGCCGGAGGUGGGGGCGGCUGGAAGCCCUGAAGAAAGCGAAGGAAACACAGCUGACACACACCACGGACAUGUGCAGUCUCCUGCACGAGUGUGGAUCCACACGGGUCCAACUGCAAGACCUGCUACUCCAGCUGGAAACCCUAGAGCUAGGGCAGUCCGAGGACAGCCACCGCGCCCUGCAGCUGGCCCAGCGGAAGAUGCUAACACUGGAGAGGAGCGUCAGCUGCCUGCAAAGCACAGCCAGAAAAGCUGAGCAGUCAGACCCCACAGAGAGCCGGUCCCUGCAAGAGCAGGUGGAGACGCUGCAGGGGCUGCUGGAGCAGGGACGGCAGCGUGUGGCCCGACAGGCCGGGGCACGGGCCGAAGCUCGGGCCCAGCAGAGCCUCCUGAGGGAGAGCCGGCAGCUGCUGCGGUGGGCGGAAGGCAUCUGGGCUCAGCUGCGCGGCGGGGAGAAGGUGGUGGAUGUGGCCUCAGCCCGGCGGCUGCUGAUGGAGCACACAGACCUGCUGGAGGAGAUCCAGCUGCGGCAGGAGAGGCUGCAGCAGCUGGAGGCUCAGGGCCAGCCCGUUUCUGCCUUGGACUCCGCAGACUCCCGCGAGCUGGCCUGUGCUCUGAGGCUCCUGAGCCAGCAAGGCCAGGGCCUGCAGGCCGCCUGGGAGCAGAGACGGCAGCGGCUGCAGGAGGGGCUGGAGCUGUGGAGAUUUGGCAGAGAUGUGGAUGGUUUCGCUGCCACCUGUGCCAGCCAUGAGGCCUUCCUGUGGCUGGACAAGCUUGGGGAGGAUGGAGGGGAGGCCCAGAGCCUGCUGCAGUGGCACCAGGAGUUUGAGCGGCAACUGGGCAUCCUUGGUCAUCGAGCAGAGGCUCUACGGGCACGCGGCGAGAUGCUGGCCCUGAGCCAGCACCCGGCUGCGCACAAGGUCCGAGAGCAGCUGCAGAGCGUCCAGGUCCAAUGGACGAGGGUCCAGGAGAGGAGCGAGCAGAGGAGGCAGCAGCUGCUGGCUUCCCUCCAGCUGCAGAAAUGGAAGCAGGAUGUGGCGGAGCUGGUGCUGUGGAUAGAGGAGAAGGGGCUGAGGGCAGCGGAUGAGCCGUCCUGGGAGCCCGGCAACAUCCUGCAGCAGCUCAGGCGGCUCCAAGCAGCAGAGCGCGAGCUGCUGGCCGCCUGUGGGCACGUGGAGGGCCUGCAGCAGGUGGGGAGACAGCUGUUGAGCGACAGGCCCCAUGCCCGGGAAGGUGUGCAGGCCAGCCUCCAGGGCCUGAGUGGCAAGUGGGAAGGGUUGAAGCACAAGCUGGCCGAGCACGGGGAGCGGCUCCAGCGGGCCAGGCAGCUUCUGGAGCUGCUGCAGGAUGCCAAAGAGAAGAUGGAGCAGCUGGAGGGGGCCCUGCGGAGCGCAGAAACAGGGCAGGACCUGGGCUCGAGCCGGAGGCUCCAGAGACAGCACAGCCAGCUGGAAAGCAAGAGCCAGGCGCUGGCCAGCAAGAUGGCUGCCCUCGUCUCCCAGGCCCACCGGGGGCUCACUUCCCAGACCGUCAUGGAGGAGACCCAAAAGUACCUCCAGAGGUUCGAGUCCCUGCAGGGACAUGUGGCCGCCUGGCGCCUGCAGCUGCAGGCCUCGGUUGAGAUGUGCCACUUCGACCAGCUGAGCAACGUGGAGCUCACUUGGGUGGCUGAGCACAUGCCUGGGGCCGGCUCCUCCAGAUGCUUGAAUGGUGCCCAGAGCCUGCAGCGCAAGCAUGAGGAGCUCUGGGCGGAAGUGAAAGCCCACCAGGGACAGGUGCAGCGGGUGCUGGGUUCCGGACAGAGCCUUGCAGCCUCGGGGCACCCCCAAGCCCCGCGCGUCCUGGAGCAGUGCCAGAAGCUGGAGGGCCGCUGGGCAGAGCUGGAGCGGGCGUGCGAGGCGCAGGCCCAGUGCCUGCAGCAGGCUGUGGCUCUCCAGCAGUGUUUUCUGGCCGCGUCAGAGCUGGAGGACUGGGUGAAGGAGAAGCAACCACUGGUGGGCAGUCAGGACUGCGGGGCAGACGAGGCGGCCACCGUCAGGCUCAUGGAAAAGCACCAGGCCUUGCAGCAGGAGCUGGCUCUCAGUUGGAGCUCCAUGGAGAAGCUUGACCAGAGGGCCCAAAUGCUCGCUGGUGCUGGGGCCCCUGAGCAGUUGGGCGCAGUACUGGAGAGGCUCCGGGAACAGCUGCGGGUGCUGCAGGAGCAGGCAGCCACACGGGGCCGGGAGCUGGAGGGGACCCUGAAGCUGCACGAGUUCCUGGGAGAGGCUGAGGCGCUGCAGAGCUGGCUGGCAACCCAGAAGCAGGCAGCCCGGCCAGCGGAGGACCUCGGAGAAGACCACGCGCACGUCCUGCACCUCCUCACUGAGUUUGCAAGGUUCCAGCGCCAAGUGGAGCUGGGCGGCCGGCGGGUGGCAGGCUGCCAGCAGCUGGUAGAGAGCCUGCGGGAGCUCGGGCACAGCGCCGCCCCCGAUGCCCGGCGGAAGCAGCAGGACCUGCAGACUGCCUGGUCAGAGCUGUGGGAGCUGACCCAGGCCCAAGGCCACCUGCUCCAAGAUGCCGAGGUCACCCUCAGAGUGCACAGAGAUCUGUUGGAAGCCCUAGCACAGGUCCAGGAGAAAGCCACAAGCCUCCCCAGUGAGGUGGCCCCAGACCUGCGUGGGCUGGAGGCCCAGCUGAGGAGACACGAGGAGCUGGAGCAUGAGCUCGUGGGCACUGGGCGGCAGCUGCAGGAGCUGCUAGAGGCUGCAAACACAGCACAGAAGCUGGGGCCGGGCCCCCAGGCCCAUGCCAUGCGGCGGAGGCAGCAGGCUCUGGUGCGGGCCUGGGAGGCCCUGAAGCUACGCGCAGAGCGGCGCAGGACCCAGCUGGAGCGGGCAUGCCUCCUGGCCCGUUUCCACAGAGCGGUGCAGGACUACACCUCCUGGGCGGCCGCCGUGUGGCAGGAGCUGCAGGGAGAGGAGAGCUCCGAGGAGCCCAGCGGCGGCCUUCUGACGCUCAGCGCCCACCGGCAGCUUCGGGCAGAGCUGGAGGCCCGGGAGGAGCUGCACCAGAGGGCCUCCCAGCUGGGCCAGCAGGCACUUCUGGCUGUAGGGACACCCAUCAAGGAGGUCCAGGAAGGGCUGCGAGCCCUGCAGGAUGAGCGGGAGCAGGUGUUCCAGGCCUGGGAGCGGAAGGAAGAGAAGCUGCAGGCCAGGCACCGGGAGCAGCUUUUCUUCAGAAAGUGUGGCCACCUGGACCAGAUCCUCACAGCCCAGGAGGUCUCCCUGAAAACUGGUGCCCUGGGGAGCUCAGUGGAAGAGGUAGAGCAGUUGAUCCGCAAACACAAGACUUUCCAGAAAGUUCUGACUGCCCAAAAUGAGAAGGAGGCAGCUCUCUGUGAGCAGGCGAAGACGCUUGGGGGCCCCCAGGUGCAGGACCGGCUCCGCAUGGUGCUAGAGCAACGGGCUCGAGUGAGGGACCUGGCAGAGAGCCGGGGACAAGCCUUGCACACCUGUCUGCUGAUGACUGGCUUCACCAGGGCCGUGACCCAGGCCCAGGACUGGAUCGAGGAGCGAGUCCAGCAGCUGAAAGAGCCAGUCCCUCCUGGGGACCUGAAAGAUAAGUUGAGGCUCCAGUGGAAACACCAGGCCUUCGAGGCAGAGGUCCAGGCCCAUGAGGAGGUCAUAACCUCUGUCACCAAGGACGGCGAGGCUCUCCUGGCACAGAGCCACCCUCAGGCAGGAGAGGUCUCCCAGAGGCUGCAGGUGCUGCGGGAACACUGGCGGAAGCUGAGGCAGGCGGUGGCGCUCCGGGGCCAGGACCUGGAGGACAGAUGGAACUUCCUGGAGUUUCUGCAGAGAGCUGACCAUGCAGAGGCCUGGAUCCAGGAGAUGGAGGUGAUGGUGAACCUGGGCGACCUGGGCCAGGACCUUGAGCACUGUCUGCAGCUCCGCCGGCGGCUCCGCAGACUCCCAGGAGUCUGGGCCCAGGACAGAGUGGAGGACACCCGCAUCAGGAGCGUCAAUGACUUGUCCAUGAAGCUCGAGAACCUGGACCCUGAGCAAGUCAAGACCAUCCACCAGCGGCGACAGCAGCUGGGCAGCAGAUGGAAGAGUUUCCAUGGCAACCUACUCCGGUACCAGCAGCAGCUGGAAGGGGCCCUGGAGAUACACACGUUGUCCCGAGAGCUGGAUGAUCUCACCGAGCGGAUUGGGGAGAAGGCCGCCCUGCUCCAGGCCCCGGACUAUGGGAAGGAUCUAGAGAGCGUGCAGAGGCUGAUCCAGAAACACCAGGAGUUGGAGCAGGAAAUGGGCCUCCUCCAGGCCCAGGUGGAGCUCCUAGAGCGGGAGGUGGGCCGCGUCUGCCAGAGAAGCCCUGGGACAGCCCGCAGCCUCGGCCGCAAGCAGCGGGAGGUGAUGGCCAGCUGGCAGCAGCUCUGCGGCGGGGCCCAGAAGCGGAGGGAGGCACUGGAGGCCUCGCAGCGAGCGCAGAACCUGCAAGCCAUGCUGCGGCACUGGUCGGCCUGGGCCCGGGGGCUGCGGGCAGAGAUGGAGGCCCAAAGCGCCCCGCGCAGCCCCGCGGAGGCCCAGCGCAGGCUGGAGGAGCACCAGGAGCUCAAGGCCGAGCUGGAGUCGAGGACAGACAGCAUCGACCUGGCCCGAAGCACCGGGCAGCGGCUGCUUGCAGCCGGGCACCCACCGACCCCCGACCUCCACCAGGCCCUGGCUGGCUUAGACCAGGAGCUGAACAGCCUGGAAGGGGCGUGGCAGGAGCACAAGCACCGGCUGCAGCAGGCCUUGGAGCUCCAGCUGCUUCUGAGUUCUGUGGAGCAGAUGGAAAGUUGGCUCUGCACCCAGGAGGCCUGCCCCGCCAGCGAGGGUCUGGGGGACUCUCUGGCCGCUGUGGAGACCCUUCUGCAGAAGCACAGGGUCCUGGAGCAGGGCCUGGAGGCUCAGGCCGAAAAGAUCAGCGCGCUGGCAGCCGCGGCCCGCAGCCUGCACGAGGGUGGGCACCCUGAGGCUCACGGUGCCCUGGGUCGGUGCCAGGCCAUGCUCCUGAGGAAAGAGGCCCUGGUAGAGCGAGCCGGGACCCGUCGCCGCCAGCUAGAAGAGUUCCAGCAGCUGCGGACUUUCCUGCAGGAUUCCUUCGAGGUGGCCACGUGGCUGAGGGAGAAGAACUCGGUGGCCCUGGAAGAGGGCUGGAGGGACCCCGCUCUGCUGCGGGCCCAGUUGUGGAAGCAGCAGAGUCUCCAGGCCGAGCUAGACGCAACUGUCCACCACCAACAAAGGCUGCAGAUGGAGGGGCAGAGGCUGCUGCAGGAGGGCCACCAGGCCUCAGAGACCAUCCGGGAGCGGCUGCGGGAGCUGGGAGAGCUCUGGGACGAGCUGCAGGCCAACAGCCAGAGGAAGGCAGCCACACUGCGAGAUGCUUGCAAGGCCCUGCAUCUCCGGCGGAGUGUGGAGGAACUAGAGAGCUGGCUGGAGGCUCUGGAGGUCAAGCUGAGAGCCCCCGUGGAGGACCAGGACCAGCCUGGGCUGGACGAGCUCCUGGGGGCACAGGGAGAGCUGGAGGCAGCCGUGGCCGGGCAGGCCAGGCAGGCACAGUGGCUGCUGGGCCAGGCCCGGGUCCUCACAGGGGAAGGCCACUGCCUCACUCAGGACGUGGAAGCCCAGGCCCGGCAGCUGCUUCCGAGGUUUGAGAGCCUGCGGGAGCCCCUGCAGGAGCGCAGAGCAGCCCUGCAGGCCCGGAGCCGCCUCCUGGAGUUCUUCAGGGAUGUUGAUGAGGAGAUGGCCUGGGUGCAGGAGAAGCUGCCUCUGGCCACCACCCAGGACUGCGGGCAGAGCCUGAGCGCCGUGCGACACCUGCAGGAGAAGCACCAGAACCUGGAGCGUGAGAUGAGUAGCCGCGAGGCUCUGACCCAGGCCGUGGUGGUCGCGGGACGCCAGCUGGUGCAGGCCGGGCACCUGGCGGCCGGCGGGGUGGCCACGCGGGUGCAGCAGCUGGAGAGCGCUGUGGGCUGCCUGCGCGCAGAGGCCACUCGGAGGCGGCUGCAGCUGCAGCAGGCCCGGGAGGCCCAGCAGUUCCUGACCGAGCUCCUGGAGGCAGAAUCCUGGCUGGAAGAACGGGGCUGUGACCUGGACAUCGAGGACAAGGGCCAGAGUGCCGAGGCCACGCGCGCCUUUCUGCGGCAGCUGGAGGCCACCAGGAGAGACCUAGAGGCGUUUCGCACACGAAUUGAGAGGCUGCAGCAGACAGCAGCCGUCCUCGAGAGCAGGCAGAACCCAGAAAGCGCCAGGGUGCUGGCCCGGAUGCGGGCGGUGAGGGAGGUGCAUUCAGGGCUGCUGCAGAGGGCGGAAGGCAGGGGGCAAGGCUUGCGGGAACAGCUGAAGUUGCACCAGUUGGACCGGGAGGCCCUGCUCCUCGAAACCUGGCUGGCCAGCAAGGUGGCCACUGCUGAGUCCCAGGACCUCGGGCAGGACCUGGAGGCCGUCGAGAUGCUGGAAGAGAAGUUUGAUGCUUUCAGAAGGGAAGUUCAGAGCCUGGGGCAGGCCAAGGUGCAGGCGCUGAGGGAGCUGGCAGGCUCCCUGGAACGGACAGCACCCAGGUGCGCUCUCCAGAUUCAAGCCCAGAGGAGUCGCAUCGAGGCCACUUGGGGGAGGCUGGACAGGGCAAUAAAAGCCCGCACCCAGAGCCUGGCCACAGCCCGGGAGGUGCAAGGCUUUGAGCAGGCAGCAGCGGAGCUCCAGGGCUGGAUGCAGGAGAAGGCCGCCCUGGUGGUGAGAGACAUCUGUGAGCACAGCCUGUCGUCAGUGCAGACCUUGCAGCAACAGCACAGGCGCCUGGAGUGGCACCUGGCAGCUGUGGAGAAGGAGGUGGCCCGGGUGCGCACAGAGGCCUGCCGACUGGGCCAGCUACACCCUGUGGCUUGGGAGGGCCUGUGCGAGCAGCUGGCCAAGGUGGAGGAGGCCUGGGCCGCCCUGGAAGUGAAGGCCCAGGAGCGGGGCCGGCAGCUGGAGCAGGCUGCCCGGGGCCACGCCUUCCUCGGCCGCUCUCGGGAACUGCUAGCAUGGGCUCAGGAGACGCAGGCUCUGGCUUCUUCCGAGGAGCUGGCCGCGGACGUGGUGGGGGCCGAGCGGCUCCUGGCGCAGCAUGCAGAGCUGGGGCGAGAAAUCGAGGAGCAUUGCCUUCGUGCCCGGGAGCUGCAGCAGGAAGGGCAGCAGCUGGCUGACAGUGGCCACUUCAUGUCCCCGGAGGUGACAGGGUGUCUGCAGGAGCUAGAAGGGUGGCUGCGGGCACUCACCGAGGCCUGCACCCUCCGCCAGGAACGCUGCGAGGGGAACUGGGGUCUGCAGAAGCUGCGGGAGCAGCUGGACUGGGCCGAGGCCUGGCUGGCCUCCCGGGAGGGUCUACUGCUGGACCCCAACUGUGGGGACACUGUGUCCGAUGUGGAGUGGCUGCUCUGCAGACACCAGGACUUAGAGAAGUUGCUGGCAGCCCAGGAAGAGAAGUUUGCCCAACUGCAGAGGAAGGCAGGGGUGGAGCAGAAUUUGCCACAGCAGGGGCCAGGGCUGAAAUCUGGGAGUGCUGGCCACAGGCUCACCCCCCUCCAGCAGAGGCCCUUUGGAAGCCGGUGGCCAGGAGUACAGCUGGCUGAGACAAGGGACCUGCAGCCAGGUGAUGCAAAGGGUGCCCGCACCACGGAGGGAUUCUUGGAGCUCCAGCAGCAGCUCCUGCCUGCAGGGACCCUGCCCUGCUCCAGCCCCUGGGAUGGCUGCCACGGGACCUUGGGAGGCAGCUCCCUGAGCCUCUUCCAGGACAAGAGGACAGCAGCAGAGAAUAUGGCCCCAGUGGCCUCCCUUGACGUCAGAAGAGCCCAGUACGAGAGCCCGGGGCACCAGCAUGGCAGGAAACACGCUUUCUCCGUAAGGCUGAGCAGCGCGGUGGAGACCGUGUGCGCAGCCCCAGCGGAAGGGCGGGCUGAGAGCUGGCAUCGAGCCCUGAGCAGCUCAGCCGUUCCAGAGACUGGGAAGUCCAACAUCAAGAUGCCACCAGACUGGGGGUCUGCCCGCAGUCGGAGCCUGGAGCUCCCAGCCAGACCCGCGGGCUUCCCAGCUGAGCACACAGCUGAGAGAGGGCCCAGCACUGCCGCCCCACUCAGAUUCCAUGGCUCUCCCCUGACCUCCUCACUGAGGGAGAUGGCUGUGAGUGCCGACAGCCAGCCGCAACUCUUGGAGUUCCUACAGGCUGCAGGCCCGGCCCAGGAACCUGCCCACGGCUCCCACUGCCUUUCCCGCCCAGGCCAGACCCAAGGUCUGGACCCUGAAGCAAACCCUAAGGUGGCAGCAAGCCUCAGGGCUACAAACCAGGACAACCUCUAGGGGACCAGCACGAGACUCUGCUACCAGGCCCAACGUCUGGACUAGACGGUUCCUUGGUGAGAGGCAGCC